CUUGGCCAGACCAGCACCGUUCCUGGUCAUUCCAUCCUUUCCCAUCCAUACCACAUCGACCAACAACUAGCUACAUCUUCACGACCCCAUCACUACGGCGACCUGCUGCCUAAACUUCUCUUGCAGCUUACUCAAAGAGCAUUCGUGUUUUUGUCGAGCCUUGCGAACCCAGCAACUUACCGUACUUAGCGGCGCCAUCCUCAAGGCCGCGUCGCAGUCAUGCCUAGCGCUACAGGGCAGAACUGGGAGAAGUACCAGAAGAACUUCGCCGACGAUGAGAUCGAAGAGAAGAAGAUUACACCUUUGUCCGACGAGGAUAUCCAAGUGCUAAAGACAUACGGCGCCGCACCUUAUGCAUCGGAGCUUAAGAAACUCGAGAAAGAGAUCAAAGACAAGCAAAGCGCUAUCAACGAGAAGAUUGGCGUCAAAGAGUCAGACACGGGUCUCGCACCACCACAUCUUUGGGACAUUGCAGCCGACAGACAACGGAUGCAAGAAGAGCAGCCGCUGCAGGUCGCAAGAUGUACGAAAAUCAUCGCCGACGAAAACCCAGAGAAGAACAAAUAUGUCAUCAACGUCAAGCAGAUAGCGAAGUUCGUCGUCAACUUGGGCGAGCGUGUCAGUCCUACAGAUAUCGAGGAGGGCAUGAGGGUCGGUGUCGACCGCAACAAGUAUCAGAUCCUUCUACCACUGCCACCUAAAAUCGACCCGUCGGUGACGAUGAUGACUGUUGAAGACAAGCCAGACGUGACCUACGGCGACGUUGGCGGUUGCAAAGAACAAAUUGAAAAGCUAAGAGAAGUUGUUGAGAUGCCUCUCCUUUCUCCCGAACGGUUUGUCAAUCUGGGUAUCGAUCCACCAAAAGGCGCACUUUUGUACGGGCCGCCUGGCACCGGCAAGACACUGUGCGCCCGUGCCGUUGCAAACAGGACGGAUGCUACCUUCAUCCGCGUCAUCGGAUCUGAGCUUGUGCAGAAGUACGUAGGUGAAGGAGCCCGCAUGGUGCGCGAGCUGUUCGAAAUGGCCCGAACCAAGAAAGCAUGUAUCAUCUUCUUCGACGAAGUCGAUGCUAUCGGUGGUGCACGUUUCGAUGAUGGCGCGGGUGGCGAUAAUGAAGUCCAGCGUACCAUGUUGGAGCUGAUCACACAGUUGGAUGGUUUCGACGCUCGCGGCAAUAUCAAAGUCAUGUUUGCCACGAACAGACCGUCGACACUUGAUCCGGCGCUCAUGCGCCCCGGCCGUAUUGAUCGUAAGAUUGAAUUUUCGCUGCCGGACAUGGAAGGUCGCGCAAACAUUCUGCGCAUCCACGCGAAGAGCAUGAGCGUCGAGCGCGAUAUCAGAUGGGAGCUGAUUUCACGGUUGUGUCCCAACAGUACGGGUGCGGAGUUGAGGUCUGUGGCGACUGAGGCGGGUAUGUUCGCCAUUCGGGCAAGAAGGAAGGUUGCUACCGAGAAAGACUUCCUUGCUGCAGUGGAUAAGGUUAUCAAGGGUAAUUUGAAGUUCAACUCGACGGCUACAUACAUGCAGUACAAUUAAGCGGCGUGAACAUGCGCUAUAUUUUGUGACUUUGCAUUAGCGGGCGCUUUACAAGAGUCGGGCACAUGGAACUUUUGCCUAAGGGUUGUACGUAUCGUUUUGAUGCUAUAGUCAAGCAUCAUAGGCUCAACAUGCAAUCAACUACAUCAAGCAUCACGAUUAGAAACUUUACAUCCCCGUGCGUUGGAACUAUAAAUUCAACGGUUCAGCGGCUA